AUGACUUUUGAAGAGGGAAAAAAGCGUAAAAAAAGACAAGAACAUGUCUAUGACGAGAUUCCUAGAAAAAAGUUUUAUAGGCAAAGAGCACACUCGAAUGUAUUUUCAGAUCAUCUUCUAGAUUAUCCAGUUAGUCCUUAUGUCAUGGACUGGUCAGUUCAUUUUCCAGAUGUAGAUUUUAAGAAGACAGGCAAAAAAGUUGAGAUUUUGGAUGUUGGCUGUGGAUUUGGUGGAUUACUUAUUGCUCUUUCAACAGUCUAUCCGGAUUUAUUGAUAUUAGGUAUGGAAAUCCGUAUGCAAGUGACACAAUAUGUUCAGAAUAAAAUUGUUGCUCUGAGACAUCAAUUUUCUGAAAAUAAGGCAUAUAGAAACAUUUCUGUUAUACGUAUGAAUGCUAUGAAGUUUUUGCCAAACUUUUUCUGUCGACAUCAACUUUCAAAAAUGUUUUUCUGUUUUCCUGAUCCUCAUUUUAAAAAAUCUAAACAUAAAGCACGGAUCAUUACAUUUACACUCCUUACUGAAUAUGCUUUUAUUCUUCGUCCUCAAGGAAUUAUUUAUACAAUCACUGAUGUAGAGGACUUACAUAAUUGGAUGGUUGCUCAUUUGGAUCAUCAUCCUUUGUUUCAACGUCUUUCUCAACAAGAACUUGAUCAUGAUCCUUGUGUUGCUAUAAUGGCAUCUCAAACAGAAGAAGGAAAAAAAGUAUCUAGAAACAAUGGGAAAAAAAUCAUAGCAUGUUAUAGAAGAUUAGAUGAUAUUUAUUAAU